CAUACCUGACGCAAAUGUCCGUCCACGUCGCGUCGACGAGCUUCGUAAUUAGGUAUUUAGGUAUUCGACUAAUUAGUAGCCUAUGCCUGACUAUACCGCCACCGUCGCGUCGCAUCGUUAUAGUUGCUGUUGGCCUGUAGGCCUGUAGGCGACACGAAGAGACGCAGACGACCACACAUCAGUUAUAGGUAGUAGCUCAUCGCUGCGCGUUCUACAAAAAUGUUUUUCUAAAACAAAAGCGAGAAAAAGUAGGUAUCUAACUAACUACCUACCUACCUAUUAGCGAAAUAUGCGGACGCGGGCACUUAUAUUUGUAUGUGGUCAACGGCUCAACGCGACGAAUGACGAUGAACAAGCGCAGGCAAAACGGUCAAUCAACUUCGUCAACGCCAACGCCAACGCCAGCACUGCGAUUCGUAGGCAUUUCGAUGGCGGUGAUUUUGACGACUGCUGCACAAACAGCAUAUUCGAUGCCGCAGCCACCGUUCACUGAUGUACCGCAUUCGACAGCGACAGCGACAGCGACAGCGACAGCGACGGCGACUGCGGAAGCACGUAAUUUUUGGAUAACCCCGUACAUUAAUAUCGGAUUCAACUGGGGAUCCAGCAAUUAUCCCAUUUCCGGCUUCUUCAGCGUAAAUCUGGGCCUUCCUUGGCACGUCGGUCUCGGCGGCUCUUCAUCGUCAUAUUUCUCUUCAUUCUGGAAACGAUAUCGAUCAACUGGAUACGCCCGCGCCAGCUACGCGUAGGUCCACAUGGAUGCCGAUUUGCCGAACCUCUAUCAUAACCUACGACUACAAGUGCCUAUGCCUACCAAGUAUAUACAACAUCCAUCUCGUAUUUUCCUACAUACGAGUAUAGUGCUGGGUAUUCCGACUACAUGUACGUCGUACGUGCAUGAUGCAUUGACGCGUGGAUUUACACGUUAAAUCGGAUCCAAAAUUUCAUUUGUUUUUUUUUCUCGCAAAAAUACCUAGUACCUACAUAAUAUUUUAAAUACCUACUCUGUAAAAAUGUCAACAAAAAAAAGUACGUUUAGAAUUUCAAAUCAUA